AAGGAUUGAUUUUAUAAAAAUAAAUAUUUUUACAUAUUGACAUAAAAAAUUUGAUCUUCGAAAUUUUAGAAUCUUUGUUCUAAAAUGAGACGAUCUGCAGCUCCCUCGAAACGUAAUAAUUUUAUACCACCAAUCGCAACAUUAGCCGGCAAUUCAAAAACUUUUAAAUCUAUAAAUGAAACUCGAACAAAUACUUCAAAUACAAUUGAACAAACUUUCGAAAAUGCUGCACGAAGUACAACCACACUUCUAAAUCUUUUAGAAGAAACCGAAUCGAAUGAUAUAAAAAAUUCUCGAAAUGAUCAAACAAUCGAAAAUAAAAACAAUUUUACCGAAAUCGUGAAUAAUUCAGAAAAUAGUUCGAUCUAUAACGUAGUUUAUGGGAAAAAAUCGGGGAAAAAACAUAAAACAUGGUCCGGUGAUGGUAUUUUAGAGGUUAUUAACAAAUCGGCUGUUUUAAAGGAUUUAGAUGGCAAAAUUUUGGGACGUGUGGCUAAUUUAAAAAAUGUUGUUCUUGAAGAUGGGACCAUAUUAAGUGUAGGAAAUAAUGAAGUACAAAUUAUUGAGCUUUGCACAAAACGACCUAAAAUUGAAACAAAAAUUACUGAAAACUCAACGAAACGAAAAAGUGGUACUUUAUCACCGAAAAAUGUCGAAUCGUUACAUCGUCAGCAUCGAACUGAUCAGAUUCUAUCACGAUGUAUAAAAAAGAGAAAAAUAUUGGAAACGUCGAAAACAGAACGUCCAAUGGAUGCAUUAGUAAUGCCAUGUCCACCUGUGGAACAUCAGUGGUUAUAUAAUACAUCGAAAAAGAAACUUUGUGAAGUAAUCGUUGAUCCAGAAUUAACUCGAGUGUUGCGUCCACAUCAACGACAAGGCGUUACCUUCUUAUAUAAAUGUAUCCUGGGAUUUUAUAAUAAAAAGAAUGAACCUAAAUGUAUGGGGGCCAUCCUAGCUGAUGAAAUGGGUUUGGGGAAGACAUUACAAUGCAUUACGUUAAUAUGGACAAUUCUAAAACAAGGUCCAUACGGCGGUGAACCAAUUAUUCGACGAAUAUUGAUUGUAACGCCAAGCAGUUUGGUGAAAAAUUGGCAAAAUGAAUUUGAAAAAUGGUUGGGUAAAUAUAAAAUUCGUACUUUUAUUGUGGAUGCAAAAAAUCGACCCAAAGAUUAUGUUCGAAUGGAAUACAUUCCAGUUGUCAUUAUUUCUUAUGAAAUGUUGAUUAGACAUUUUGAUGAUCUAACAAAUAUCAAAUUCGAUUUAGUAAUUUGUGACGAAGGUCAUCGUUUAAAGAAUGGUUCAAUUAAAGCAGCAACAAUGCUUUCAUCGCUAGCGUGUGAACGUCGCAUUCUAUUAACUGGCACACCGAUUCAAAAUGAUUUACAAGAAUUCUAUACACUUGUCAAUUUUAUCAAUCCGAAUUAUUUGGGAACACAUUUCGAGUAUCGUCAAUAUUAUGAAGAUCCAAUCACAUGGUCACGUAAUCCAGAAAUCGAUGAAGAAACAAAAGUUUUGGGUGAAAUGCGUGCAAUCGAAUUAAAUGAGAAAACAAAACAUUUUAUUUUACGUCGAACGCAAGAAAUUAAUAAUAAAUAUUUACCAACGAAACAUGAACUUAUCGUAUUUUGUUCGAUGUCUGAUCUACAGAAACGAAUGUGUCAAACGUUAAUCGAGUAUUGGGAGUCACGUGAGAUUUAUAAUUCGGUAAAAAUUAGUCAUUUACAAAUAAUAAUUUUAUUAAAAAAAAUUUGUAAUCAUCCAUCAUUAAUAAAUAAUAAUAAAAGAAUGAAUGAUUCUGAUUCUGAUUCUAAUUCAGAUUCAAAUCAAUUAACUGAGAGUCUGAUAGGACAUUUAAAUGAAUAUUUAAUAAGAAAUCAAUAUGAUAAUAAUAUUAAUAUUAAUAUUGAACAAUCAUCUAAAUUUAAAGUGGUUGAUUGUAUUCUAAAAACUUUAUCAACAACCAACAAAGAACGUGUUGUGCUUGUAUCUUAUUCAACACAAACUUUGGACAUGUUUGCAGAUUAUUGUACUCGAAAAAAUUACAAAUAUUGUCGAUUAGAUGGUUCGACGUCAGUGCAACAACGUGCUGGCAUCGUGCAAGACUUCAAUAAAACUAAUUCAAAUAUAUUUGUGUUUCUGUUGAGUGCCAGAGCUGGUGGCGUUGGAUUAAACUUAACAGGAGCGUCACGUUUAAUUUUAUACGACAGUGAUUGGAAUCCAGCAACCGAUUUACAAGCAAUGUCACGCAUCUGGCGUGAUGGUCAAUCUAAUCAAAAUGUUUUUAUUUAUCGAUUAAUAACAACUGGAUCGGUUGAAGAGAAAAUAUUUCAACGACAAAUUUUUAAAACUGGUCUCUCCGGUGCUGUAGUCGAUCCAUCGAAUACCACAAAUGGCAUCAAACUAUCACAUGACGAUUUAAAAGAUUUGUUUCAAUUAAAUUUUGAAUCGAAUUGUUUAACACAUGAUUUAUUGAACUGUGCCUGUCGUUGUGAUGGAGUUGUUCAACUUAAAAAUGACUUGAAAAAACAGACAAUGAAUAUGGAUGAAAUACGAGAGUGUCAACUUGGUGUUGGAGGUGAUGGAUCGAAUGAUUCAAGAACAGAAUCAAAUUUAAAAAUGAAUGAAUUGGAUCUGUGGGAGCAUUAUGGACCACCAUUUAAUAAUCAUUUAUUCAUGGAAUUAGCUUUAUCUAGCGUUAACUGUAUUUCAUUUAUAUUUAGAAAU